AGCUACAACUUGCAACUUCCAUAACUACCCAUGCACCAAUGAGAUGCAAUUUAUGAAGAGCACAUGGGACCAUUGAGACCUUAUAAGUAGACAUGCACACAGUGACACAGCACACAGGAAACACCAUGUGAAAUUACAUAAAUGACCUUGUUUGCCCUCACCCUCUUCUUAUUGGCUCCUCAUCCUCACAAAUCAAAUUACAAAAUUUCUUCCCUCUUCUACUCUGCUUCUGUUCUUCUGGACUAACUUUGUGUUGCAUCUUUUCAAAGAAACAUUCUUUUUAGCUCCACAACUAAGGUAUGGAUCAUAUUGAGGAAAACAAGAAAUGUAUGGAUAUUGAGGAAAACAAAUGUAGUUCAAGAUAUGGUAAACCUCCUUGGAUUUUUAAAGGAAGUGCACUGUACCAGUUUCAUCUUGUGAAGGCAGAUAUUGCUAGAGCUAUUAUUCCAAAAGAGUUCAGAUUAGUUCAAGCUUUUGGGUACACUCUAGGAGGUUUCUUUCUUGCAGAUUACAGUGAGAGCCCAUUUGGACCCUUUGAUGAGCUUGUGGUGAUCGCAGGAAUCGUAUGGAACCCGCCAACGUCUCAUGCGUGGGCUGCAAGGGUUUAUGUCAAUAGUGAGGAGGCUUGCAAGCAUGGAAGAAAGGAAUUCGGGCUUCCAAGUCGCGUUGCCACUCUUUCCAAGGGUAUAAAAGCCAUUUCAAGGGGACCGAAGAGAAAAGGCAACGCAUUUUUGUCAACUAGUGAUGUUGGUACGGAUAGUAACAUAAAUAUUCGAGUAGCUGAUAUCAAUGGUCGUGUGGCAACUAGCCUCUAUGAUAUUACACUCGCUUCUCCUGUUUUAAAGACGAAUCUGUUGAAGUGGAUGAGUAUGGGCCCAGAGAUUAAGAUGUCACUUCCAAGCUUUAGCGGUCACACAGAGCAUAAACCUCAGCUUCUUAAGUACAGAUGUCAGAUCGAGUGCAGGGUGAAACCUACAUUGCCAGCAAGAGUUUUAGGUGAGUUGGAUCGGAAACAUACAUCUGAAUCGCAAAAUGUGGAGCUGAAUGAAUACUCAGAUAAAGGAGAACUUAGCAGAUCAGUGAUGCUUUCAAAACCGAUAUUAGCGUUCAAGUUCAACUGCCUGAAGAUGGAGGUUGAACCUCCUGUUGUAGUUUCGAAAGGGUCCCAUCGUCCCUUGUACUGAAAGUCAAACUUUUGACCAAAUUGAUGUGCAAAUGGACCUGAAAUGGUUAGAUUUGGAUUAUGUUUUAUGUUUAACGAGUUAAAUGUGUAUAUACAAUCCAGAAGACUAGAUGAAAAGAAAAACAGUUAAUGUGUAAGUUGAUCAAUGUAUUUGGUGAAUGCAGAUAGAAAAAAUUAAAAGCCUAAAAA